CAUCCAGCACACCGAUAUGAGAUGAUUUCAAUUAAGCAAUGCCAGAAAGUUGUGUAAAUUCUGAAUACAUAAAGGCGAUCAACCAUUUGCCAUGUCACUUAUUUAGCAACCAUAUCUCAGCACAUCAGUCUAAACUCUAAACAGCUUGGAAGUUACGAGAAUUUUAUGAUUAUUGCUGCAUCCUGUGACUGUAUUGUUCCGGUAGUAAAAAUCGCAGAGAUGUCUCGAACAGCAUUCGUAAUACUAGUAGACGUUUCCACCAGGAUGAAGCAGGUGUACUCCGACAUACAACCAAAAACCGAGGACGCAAAAUUCUCUCGUAUACAAUCCGUAUUUAAUUCGGUUGUACAAAUUGCAUCUGAAGAAAGUGGAAAAACAGACUGUGAAUUAUCUGCAAUGGCAUUUGGGGUCAAAACGAAAUCCUACGACCAGCAUCUUGUCAACAUUUUUUCGUUACUGGAGUUUCAAAAUACUGUUCACCAAACCAUGAGGGAAAACGGGUACACCCCCAGCGACGACAGGUGUUAUCCAGGGUCUCACCCCCUAACGGCAAAAGCAAAGUCAUGCAGCGAGGAUAGUUUUCUCGAUUCCAUGAUGUCGAUACUAGCAUUGUGGCAUCGACGCGGUGGACUACUACGUCGUUUUAUUAUGCACUUGUUCGAGUCGACCAGCCACAUGUGGCCGCACAACAGAUUUCCCAUUCUGCACCCCACCGGCGUAUACGGGUUUCUUUACCUUAGACAUGUUGACCACAAGGCGGAAUCAGCCUUGCGGGGAGAACCGGUCAACGUCCACACCAUGGACCCUGUCUACAUCGAAGUGAAUUACCACCGCAUCAUUCGUAAAGCGGCUGCUAACGUCCACCCACCUCUAACUCAAAUGGAAACGGAACGGCUGGCUGUGGCAAUCGAGCUGGUUUUCAGCCCGCUACAGGAUGAGCAGCAGGAUAACUUACUGCGCGCUGUUUCCAGUGUUGCUCCUCGGUUGACAGCGCAGCAGCAGGUGGAAAUUCUAAGCGGAAAAGAAAAUAUCACUAAAGCGUUAACCGUAGAGCAACAGAAACAACUGUUCUUGGCUAGUACCCGGAUUAUGGCGAUUACGAUCGAGCAGGUAGAGAGAUUGUUUUACAGCAUGAUGGAAAUCGAACACGAAAUGACAGCGGAGCAAAUGAAGCAAAUCGUGGUUCAAGUUUUGGAAUUAUUUGGGGUGCGGUUCGUAGAACUUCAGUUUGCUUGGGAAAUCAAGAGGGAAGAAAUCAAGAGAGAAGAAAUCGAGAGAGACGCAGUUUCGAAGUUGAAGCCGAUCAGCUCUGGGUAUGAUUUGCUGACAACGUUGCUGCGAGACAACGGAGCCCCCUAUUGUGACGAAUACGUUCAAAAGUUCCUAACACAAGAAGAGUGUUUUUUCUUGUACACUUUUUAUUAUGCGGAGAAGUCCCUCCUAGAAGAAGCUAUUAAAGAACUCCCGUCCGCUUGCCGGCAGGCGAUAGCGAAGUAUGCGUACAAAGGUUUCAAAAAAGUAGCAACAGGUAUCAAAGCAGCAGUGACCAUUGACCAAUACUUUAAAAGCGCAGGCCCUGCACGCCCCGUAGAAGUCAUGGAAGUACCGAUAUACUUGCGCGUUUACCGGGAAACGACAGCAAAGUAUGCGCACGAAGAUUCAACACUCAACAGUUUCAGUGACGGGAUGAAACCCAACGUAACUCAACUUGACAGGCUCAUCGAGGAACGCCCGUGCGCUGACCAGCAGGCAAAACAAGAUAACAAUACUUACGAAGGCUCUAAAACAACCAGUUUUGCUGGAGGUAAUUUGAGUUCAGCCGUCUCAACACCCUUAGAGCAGAGGACAAUCAAUUUUCUAACAGGAGAACCUCACGACUUUGCUGAAAACGAGCGGCUGAAUGCCAGAAUGCAGGUGGAAAAGUGUACGGACCAAAUCUUGAAAAAACACAGCCAGCCGAAAUCUAUUCAGAUAAAAGAAGCGGCUGAUAUAAUAAAAGAAGCUGCCCAGACCAUCCAAAAAGAAACGCUCACCAAAACAUUAACGACGCAGCAACUGGAUCGGAUUAUCAAAAGUCUCCAACCGUAUAUGUACGGAGAAAAUACACCGCUGUGUAAAGCCUUGUCAUCCGCCUAUUCCAUCUUAGGCGAUAGCAGUAACCGCACUGCAGACUGGAGAAUGCUACUACUUAUAACUGCCGGCUAUACUACCGAUGGUGUCGUACCGCAGGUGCCUUCCUGGAUAAAAGUAACUGUCGCCACGUGUUUAAUUACCAGCGAUUACGAGCCGAAGCAGUACAAGACGCUCCGUUACGUAGAAGACAGCAGCUGGUCCUUCCAAAGGCGGACGCUAUUUAAACUUUGCACAACUGUACCAUGCCGACAUCCCACGAUUCAGUUUCUCCGACGACAAAAAUGGAAAAUUCCGGAUGAAGGAGAAAUAAGACUGUUUGCUCCUGUUAACGACCCAGAAGCUAUUCAGGACUUUACUACCAUGGUGCAAUCAUUAGCAGACAGUGGCGAUGCAACUGCAAAUCUAAUUGCCAGGGUCGCACUGGACGAAUAUAUUAAUGUCGAGAUCCAGGCAGCCGCGAAUUCUCCCCACAAACAACAUGAUGCGACAUGCUAUGCGUACGCAACGGCAACGGUCUUUCAUUUGGUUAUGAAGAGGAUACGAGGCAGACAUGGUGGCGUGCCAGCAUUCAGACUUCUGUAUAACGAAUUUGUUGAAUAUUUUGGAACAAGACCGACGAAUACAGUGAAGGUCAUCGAAACAUUUGCAAGCAAGUAUCGGCUUAAAUAUCGUCAACUUAAUGCUAAAUGGGAGCCCGAUGCUGGUGAUAGGCAAACUUCUGAUGACAAAGAUCACCGGAUUUUUCUAUGCGAAGCUAGGCAAGCGUUAAAUGCCGGGCGUCCUCUGAUUGCGACAUAUUGCUUGAGUAAGUCACAAAGAGAAAAUUUCGAUCAGUUCUACAAAAGCAACAAACAAGGCGUACUGACGAAAGACGACUUGGGAGAAUGCGGCACUGAGCCGACUGAAGGACAUGCUGUUGUACUGAUCCACUGCGAUCCCGUGUGCCUGGUUUUUUUGAAUUCGAGAGGGAAAAGAUUUGCAGACAACGGUCUGUUCCGAGUUGCUGAUAGUUCUGUUUUAAACUGCAAAUAUUAUGAAGUUUAUUGGGAAAAAAGCGCAUUGACCAAAGGCGAAAAGGAGCAGUUUACGCUGUCGGGGUACGAGAGAGCACACAGUUUAGCGCGACAGCUCCCCGACUCAGUCAAGCGCUUACCAUAUCAUUGCCCAAACUGUUUGCAGUCAUCCCCAGCCAAUGAAUAUACCGGCAAUUUCGUAGUAGCAAGCUGUCCAAAAUGCCAGGAAACAUUUUUUCCAGCGCCUAUUGGAUUCCUUCCUCGUCUUUAGUCGGCGAGCUUUGUCAUGGACCUGCACACAUCUGCUAAAGAAAACGACGGUUUACAGAAAUGACGACAUGGUUGACUUCUACGUGCUACCAUUUAAGCCGUACAACAACGCUCAGUGAUUUUUUAUACGUAAUUUGUUGCAUUUGACCUGCAUAGGGUGUUCACACCAAGUGCUGACAGCUUUUAAAAAAUCCGCGUUCAAUUUUCUUUUACUAAUUUAUAUUUAUCCGCUUCCAUUUUAUAUACUAUGAAGCAUUCGAAAUCAUCUAGCGCAAGUUUGGAAGAUUAGUCAAGCAACAUGGUUUAGAUAACAUAUUUUGAAGAUAGACACAGAGUUUUCCUCUCGUGUUGCAAUUUGUAAAAAAUCUAGAAAAUUUAUGGAAGGUUUGGUCAUAGAAAGAAUUGAGUUUGAAUUUGUAUGGAUCGUAGAUACCGU